CUAAAUACAUGUAUAGUUCAAAUAUCUUGAAUCAAGAAUAGUUUCCUUUCCUUUUUUAGUAUCAAAUAUUUUAGUUCCAAAAAUGGCUGAUGGACAGCUAAAACCUGUUGCAUCUUUGCUUUUGGUACUCAAUUUUUGCAUGUAUGUCAUUGUUUUAGGCAUUGGUGGAUGGGCUAUGAAUUUCGGCAUCGAUCAUGGUUUCAUCAUAGGUCCAAGAUUUAAUCUUCCAGCACAUUUCUCACCAAUAUAUUUCCCAAUGGGGAAUGCAGCUACUGGAUUCUUUGUUGUGUUUGCUUUGAUUGCUGGAGUUGUGGGAGUUGCAUCAAUCCUCUCUGGAUUCAACCACAUUCGCUAUUGGAACAUUGACAGCUUACAAGCUGCUGCUUCUGCUGCCACCAUUGCAUGGAGUCUUACACUUCUCGCCACGGGAUUUGCCUGGAAAGAAAUUGAAUUGGAGUUAAGGAAUGCAAGAUUGAUAACAAUGGAAGCAUUCUUGAUAAUCCUAUCUUUCACUCAAUUGGUGUAUAUAGCUGCCAUUCAUGGGACAUCAACAAGGAGAUAAAUGAGCUUGAUAUCUAAAUCAUAUAGUGUGAAGAGAGUGGAUUGAGUACUUUUCCAUUUUUAAUUUUUUGUAAUUCUCAUUCUUGUUUGUACAAAUACAUAUUCGACUGAAUUCGUAUAAAAUAAAUAAGUAUUUCACAGUA